AUAAUGUAAGAAUUAGGAAAGUAAUAAAAGAUGGUAAUUGGGAUGGUAGGAUUACCAGCAAGAGGAAAGACUUACAUUUCUAGAAAGAUUUGUAGAUAUUUAAAUUGGAUGGGAUUUAAGAGCAAAGUUUUUAAUAUUGGAAAUUAUAGGAGAUAGAUAUGUGGAACAGAUUGUAAUUCAAAUUUCUUUGAUCCAAGUAAUAAAGAUGUAAGUAUUAUAUAAUAUAUAAAAUGAAGGCAUCAAAAGCAAGAGAUGAAUGUGCAUUAUUAGCAUUGAAUGAUAUGAUAAAUUAUCUUAGAUAUGAAGGAGAUGUAAGUUUAUAUGAUGGUACUAAUACUACAAAGUAAAGAAGAAAAUUAAUAAUGGAAACUUUAUAAUAAAAAUUUAGUGAGGUUUAAGUUUUUUGGGUUGAAUCAAUAUGUAAUGAUGAAGAUGUAAUAUUACGAAAUAUCUAAUUAACAAAAUUAAAUAAUCCUGAUUAUGUAGGAAAAUCAUCUGAUGAAGCUACUUAAGAUUUUUAAUAGAGAAUUGAAUAAUAUGCUAAAGUAUAUGAACCUAUUGACAUGGAUGAGAAUAUUUCAUUUAUAAAAAUAAUAGAUAUUGGAAACGAUGUAAAUAAUAAUAAAUACUUUAAAUUUAGAUAAUGAUUUAUAAUAUAUAAGGAUUCUUAUAAUCAAAAUUAGUGUCAUAUUUGAUGAAUUUACAUAUAUAUCCUAGACCAAUAUAUUUAUCUAGACAUGGAGAGAGUCAAUACAAUGUACUUCAUAAAGUUGGUGGAGAUUCUGAUCUAACUUAGACUGGAUUAAUGUAUGCUAAAUAAUUAGGCAAAUAUUUUAUUUAAGAAUUAGAAGGAAAUAGAAAUAUAAAAAUGUUUACUUCAACAAUGUAAAGAGCAUUGCAUACAAGUAAUGAAGUAUGUGAAUUUUUGGGAGUCGAAUAUUAUUCUUUAAAAGCUUUAGAUGAAAUAAAUCCUGGAAUUUGUGAUGGUUUAACUUAUUAAUAAAUUGCUGAUAAAUUUCCUUAAGAUUAUGAAGAACGAAAAAUGAAUAAAUUAACUUAUCGUUAUCCUAGAGGUGAAUCAUAUUUAGAUGUUAUCAGUAGAAUAGAAUAAAUUAUUUUUGAAAUUGAAAGAUCACGAUUACCUGUCAUUGUUAUUGCUCAUUAAGCUAUACUAAGAUGUUUAUAUGCUUAUUUUCAUGAACAUGAAGUACCAGAAAUACCUAAACUAAAUAUACCAUUACAUUAAGUUAUCAAAUUAGUACCUGCUGCAUAUUAUUGUAAAGAAACAAGAAUUAAAAUUGAUCCUAUUACUGGAAAUUGGGAAAUUCAAGAUGAAGCAACUAUCAAAAAAGUUAAAUCAUUCCUUGAUUUGUGA